AUGUCAGCGACGGACGACCCCGUGUCGGAGCCUGGGCUGAGAUGGCACUUCGUGAUGAUCCACAAAGUUGGCCCUUUGCUGAUUCUAGACGAUGGCCCCCGGCUGGGCCGGACCGGCGAUGCGACUCGCGAGAGAGGUAGCUAUGAGGAGCCGAGCCACUCUCAUUUGAUGCUGGCAGCGCUGGAUCUCUCCAUGGAGACGGCGCUGAGUGCCAGCACUCCUCCGCCGGACUCCCCGGCGAGCCCCUCGCCGGGAUCGCGCGAGCCCGGCGGUGCGGCGGCGCCGCCGGCGCCGCCGGGGUUGGAGUCGGAGCUGAGCGCGCGGCUCUGCGUGAAGAACACGUUCCUGGACAUCGACGAGCACUCGGAGUGCGAGAGCCUGGGCCGCGCCGUAAGCGCCCCUGGCCGCGUGGACUGCGAUACGCCGCGGUCCAUGUUCGAGGAGGCGUCACCAGGGGCGGCCUUGGUGCGGCAACAACUGCAGCAGCACGCGGAUCGGGCGGCCAGCGCCUGGUCGUUAAUCCCUUACGAGCCGGACACUGACAACUCUGAGCUCGCCGCCAGACAUUGGGAGUUGUUGCAGUGCUCAGCGGCCAAGGGUAAUCCUGGCAGCACCAUAGCGGAGGCGAUGCGCUCGCUCUUCGACAUCCCGCCACAGCCCAGCCGCUUCGGCCGUGCGGUUGAGUGGCAAUGCGGGCCCUACAAGAUCCUCUUGGGCUGCGACUUGGUCGUGAUGCGAAGCGAGGAGAAGUGCGACGGUAGUUUCGCCUCCUUCAAGAUGCUCAACGGUCUGAACGGCUUACCCUCCAAGACGGAGCGGUUGGACGUCUACCUGGAGAACAUGAUGUGCGACAUCAGCAAGGCAGUGUGGGGGUGUCCCCAGGGGGAUUCCACCACUUGGCGCGUGUUCAACACCUCGGACCUGCCCAACCCAGGCGAGGGUGGAGACUUCGAUGCCAAGCGCGUGCACGAGCAGUCGCAGCAGCUGCUCCAUUUCCUCCGACAGAGAUGCCGGCGUGAGGGCGGCACCUACUGGCUCUUCCGCGAGCAGAACUCCUCGGCGGCGGAGCUGUUCGAUCUCAGCUCGAUGGAGGCCCAGGAGAGCGACGCCUCGGCCUUCAGGACCACGCCCUCGCUGGCCCCGCCCAUCGCUUCCUUAUGCGCGCACCUGGCGCAGUCCAUGCCGCAGAACGCGGACAAGCGCCAGCUUCUGCAAAAGGCCACGCACUUGCUGGAGCCCAUCAAAGAAGAGCACUUCGGCCUCUAUGCCAUGACAGCGCUGGAGCUGGCGUGUUCGUACAUGCGGACGCCACUGGCCGCGAUCAGCGAUAAGGGGGAAGCCUCGCGCCCACAAGGACGGGACCCCCCACCCGCGGCACGACUGUCGGUGGCUAUGCGCUAUUUGGAAAGCGUGCUUCGGCUGUUGGCCAGCCUCGAUGAAAGCUCCCUGCGCGCCGGGCUGCUGCUUCAAGCGCAGGUAGCGUAUGCGGAGUGCAUCAUCAAGCUGGUGCGUGAGGCGGGAGUGCCAACCUACAGCGCCUGGCUGGCGGAGGUGCAGCAAAGUGCCCAGGACCUGCAAAAGCAGGGCGCCGGGGCGGCGGCCCAAAAGCAGCCACGAGCUCGGCGCGAGCGCGCGAGCUCGUAG